AUGUCGGACCAGCAAAAAUAUAGAAUUGAAAAAGACACUUUCGGUGAAAUUGAAGUGCCCGCGGACCGUUACUGGGGUGCUCAAACACAGAGGCAUUAUAUAAACAAAUCACAAUAUUCUAGGUCUCUACAAAACUUUGACAUCGGUGGACCGACAGAGCGUAUGCCUGAUCCCUUAAUAAAGGCAUUUGGCGUAUUGAAAAAAGCUGCAGCUACAGUUAAUAUGAUCUAUG